GCAAAUAGAUUCCAGUUAUGAAAAAUCGAAUCAAAGAAGGAUCCAGCAUGAUUGGUGUAUAUGGAAGAUCAGAUGGAUCAAGCAGCAUUCUGAGUUUUAAUGGAUCCGAAAGUCGUGAAAGUAUAGAUGACACUAAGCAAGGUCAUCAAAGUUUAGUAGAGUGGUUAAAUGAGACGCUUCCUUAUUUGAAGUUAACAUGGGAGGCUUCAGAGGAAGAAUUGAGAGCAUGUUUGGUGGAUGGAACUGUCUUGUGCAAUCUCUUGAAUCAGCUUAGUCCCGGUUCGAUGCGAAUGGGAGGUAGCUUUGAGCCCGGUUGUGUAAAUAUUGAGCGGUUUUUGGCAGCUAUGGAUGAAAUGGCAUUGCCGAGAUUUGAGGUUUCAGACUUAGAACAGGGGGAUAUGAUUCCAGUUAUACAGUCUCUUAAGGCACUUAAAGCUAGUUUCUCUGAUGAUGGAUAUGAUAAGAAUAAACUUUGUGCAAGAAGAAGAUGGAGUUUGCCUGAGGACCAUUAUUCAAAGGGAGUUGAUAGCAACUUUAAUGAUGGAGGAUCACAGUUUAAGGAAGCAUCUGAGAUCAAUACAUCUCAUGCUCAAAUUUUGGACUUACUAAAAUCAAAUAGUUUACAAAAUACUUCUACACGAUCGUUGUUUGACAUGCUCGAUAGGCUUCUUGAUGAGAGCCCACAGAAGAUGAAUGUGUCUCAUGUUUUUGUAUCUAUCUUAAGAGGCAUUGUACAAGUUGUGGAGCAACGGAUCUCAAAUCAAGCUGAGAACCUAAAAAACCUAAGGUCAGAAGAAAAAGAUGUGCUUCAAAUAGAAAAGGAAAAAGAGCGUAGUGAUGCUGAACUUUCUAAGUUGAAGCAAGAACUUGAAAUUUUGAAAGAGACACAUGAAAAACAGUUUUUGGAACUAAAAUCAAAUGCUCAAAAAGCUAAAGUUGAGUUGGAGAAGCAAUUAAAGGAAUCAGAGUUACGUGUGGUAGAAGCAAAAGAACUCGAAAAGUUAUGUGAAACAAAAACUAAAAGAUGGGAGAAGAAAGAGCAAACAUAUAAGAGCUUUAUAAACCACCAGACCGAGGCUUUGCAGGAGUUGAAAGCUACUUCUAUGUCUUUAAAACAUGAUGUCUUAACGAUAGGAGAGAACUACUUUCAGGAUCUAAAUUACUAUGGUAUAAAGCUCAGAGGAGUGGCUCAUGCAGCAAAAAAUUACCAGAUAAUCAUUGAAGAGAAUCGACGACUUUACAAUGAAGUGCAAGAAUUAAAAGGAAAUAUUAGAGUGUAUUGCCGGAUAAGACCAUUCCUUCAAGGACAAAACAAGAAACAAACAUCAAUAGAGUACACAGGUGAGAAUGGUGAACUGGUGGUUGCAAAUCCCUUAAAGCAAGGCAAAGAUACGUAUCGGUUAUUCAAAUUCAACAAAGUCUUCGGCCCUGCAUCAACUCAAGAGGAAGUUUUCUUAGAUACGCGACCGUUGAUUCGAUCCAUUCUUGAUGGCUACAAUGUAUGUAUAUUUGCUUACGGCCAGACAGGCUCUGGAAAGACUUAUACAAUGAGUGGACCAAGCAUAAAUUCAGAAGAAGAUUGGGGUGUUAACUAUCGAGCUUUGAAUGACUUGUUCCACUUAACUCAAAGUAGACAACACUCAGUGGUAUAUGAAGUUGGUGUUCAAAUGGUUGAGAUUUACAAUGAGCAAGUUCGUGACCUACUUUCUGAGGAUGUUCCUGAUGCAAGCAUGCAUUCUGUAAAAUCAACUGAAGAUGUUCUUGAAUUGAUGAACAUUGGGUUGAUGAAUAGAACUGUUGGUGCCACAACCCUUAAUGAAAAGAGCAGUAGAUCACACAGUGUUGUUUCUGUUCAUGUACGCGGUGUUGAUGUCAAAACCGAAUCCGUCUUGCGUGGUAGUUUGCAUUUGGUUGAUCUUGCUGGAAGUGAGAGAGUUGGUCGCUCUGAAGUAACCGGAGAGAGACUCAAAGAAGCUCAAUAUAUAAACAAAUCUUUGUCUGCUCUCGGAGAUGUUAUAUUUGCUCUAGCACAUAAGAAUCCUCAUGUACCUUAUAGAAACAGCAAGCUAACACAAGUCCUCCAGAAUUCUUUAGGAGGACAAGCGAAAACUCUUAUGUUUGUUCAAAUUAAUCCUGAUGAAGAUUCAUAUGCUGAGACUGUAAGUACUUUGAAAUUCGCGGAAAGAGUUUCUGGUGUCGAGUUAGGUGCAGCUAGAAGCUAUAAGGAGGGACGAGAUGUUAGACAACUCAUGGAACAGGUAUCAAACUUGAAAGAUAUGAUUGCCAAGAAAGACGAAGAACUUCAAAAGUUUCAGAACAUAAACGUUAUCCAAAAACGUGGAUUAAGCAAACUAAGAAUUGUUUCUCCUCCUAGAAGACAUUCUUUAGGAGGAGCUUUAACAAAUUCUCCAAGAAGAAGACAAGGGUCUGGUUUACUUGGAAGAACAACUUCAGAUUCAACAGAUGAACAUCGACAUCAAAAUGAAUCUCGAUCAUCGUCUAAGUUUACUGGUGGGGCUAAAGACAAUAAUAUAUUUGAGGAUAUUGAACUUUUAGGCCUUGAAGAUUCAGAUAAUGAGGAAAGAUUGAGUGAUAUCUCUGAUAGUUGUCUUUCAAUGGGAACAGAAACUGAUGGCUCGAUUAGUAGCGGUGCAAUGGAGUUGACACUCUUCCCUGAAACCUCAAAUCCUCCUGAAAUGUUUGAACAAAAUGAUAAAGCUAAUGUUGGAACAUCAAAGCCACUGAAGCAUACACCAAAAGCAGACAAAACCAGACCUUCUCGUCUGUCGAUUUCUAACACUUCAGCUAAGGCUUUCACAAGUAACCUCACUAUCAACGCUUUAAGUUCUAAAAGACCAAUCACUGGAUUUUCAUCUUCAGUAAAACCUCUUAACAAAGCAGAAUCUAAUGUUACCAUCCAUCCAUUCUGAACCAGAUUUCCCAUUGUGUAUGUUCCCAGAAGCUUUUGACUUUUUCUUUUAUCAGAGCAUUUUCUUCUAAAUAGAUUAUAUGAAGAGUACUAAAUUAUGUAAAUAAUUGAAAUUGUUCGAU